AUGGCACCGAAGGCGACCACGAAACCCAUCGCGAAGCCCGGGCAAAAGGCUGCCGCCUCGCGCCAGAAGUCCGCACCCAAGCAGCCCCUUCCUGUCGCGGACCGGCUGAAGCGACUCUUCACCUCACUCUGUGCCCAGAUCGACGGCGGACACUUUGCAAACGCCAUCAAGACAUGCGACAAGAUCCUCCGCCUCGAUGCCCGCGACCCCGACGCGCUGCAAACGAAGCUCUUCCUCCUACUCCAGACCGACCAGUAUCUUGCUGCAUUCGCCUUGAUAGGAGGCGAGGCAGGUGUAGCGGGCGAUCAGCAUGCCUUUGAGAAGGCAUACUCUCUGUACAGGCUUCACCGAGAGGAUGAGGCCACGAGCGUACUCGACGGUCUCAAGGAGACGGAGCAGGAAGAUGACAGAGGACUGGAGCAUCUGGAGGCUCAACUGGCGUAUCGUCAAGGAUCAUAUCAGAAAGCAGUGGAGCUUUACAAUCAUUUGCUGGAUACCGCUGAACCUGACUCGGAGGAGCAGUCCGACGUCCUCACCAACCUCGAGGCCGCGCAGAAACACCUUGAUUUCAUCAACGCCGGCUUCCUACAAGCUCUAGAUGCGCUUCCAUCGGCGGUGUCAACCACUCUGCAGACCGCUCCGCCGCCCCAACCUCAGCCAGCUUCAGCGCUUGCGACAGUGGUGGCCGCUUCCGCUCCGGCGGAAGAUGUCACUAAGCGCACGAAGAAGGUGCGCAUGAAGCGUGUGCCGAAGGGCGUCGUCCCAGGCGUCACUCCCCCUCCCGAUCCAGAGCGGUGGCUCAAGAAGAGUGAGUGGUCGACGUUCACCAAUAGACGGCGGAGAGGCGGGGGCGGUGGGGCAACGCAAGGUUUCGUGGAGACACCUGGCUCUGCGGCGGCGCAAAGUGGCAAAGGCGCUGGAGGAGCAAAGGGUAAAAGGAAGAAGUAG